CGGGAGCGCACGUUAGCAACGUUUCGGAAAGUGAAUUGGCGGGGCUUUCAGAUUCAACGGGUAUAAAAACCGACUUAAGCAUGCGCGUGGGAGAAAAAAAAAAAAAAAAAAAAUUCCAAAAGGAUCACCAUUUCCAUUCCCAAACUACCCUCUCAUCCCCUCCAUUUUCUACUCCUUCACAGCCUCCAUGGAUCACCGGCCGCCGAACCAAACCACCACCGCUAGAAGAAGCUUGAAGCGGAAGCUAGAACAAGAAUUCAAAGAACAGCAACAAGAACAGGAAUCAGAUCGCAAGGUACCGUUCAUCGAGCCCGACGAUUCUCACAAAGAUCUGGUCCGUGAGGUUCGCGCUCAGGUGCAAAUCCUCGAGUCCACCUUUUCUUCAUCUGAAGCAGAUCGCGCCGACGCCAAGCGAGCCACUCACGUUCUAUCAGAACUCGCCAAGAACGGUAUCAAACUCGACGUCGAUGCGAAUUAUGAAGUUGUGGAUGUGAUAGUAGAGUGUGGAGCCGUUCCAGCUCUGGUCAGACAUCUAAAAGCACCCGUAUCGGCAAAGAAUUGUGAUAGCCGUUUGCGGCAGUACGAACAUGAGGUGGAGAAAGGAAGUGCUUUCGCGCUUGGCCUCCUUGCUGUUAAACCUGAGCAUCAGCAACUCAUAGUUGAUGCUGGAGCUUUACCAAAUCUUGUGGACCUGUUAAAGAGGCACAAAAAUAGUUGCAACUCUCGAGCAGUCAAUGGUGCUAUCAGGAGAGCAGCUGAUGCAAUCACCAAUCUUGCUCAUGAACAUAGCAGGAUCAAAACCCUUGUGAGGACGGAAGGUGGUAUUCCUCUUCUUGUUGAACUGCUUGAGUUCUAUGAUGCAAAGGUACAGAGAGCAGUUGCUGGGGCCUUAAGGACCCUUGCAUUUAAAAAUGACGAAAACAAAAAACAGAUUGUAGAGUGCAAUGCGUUACCUACCCUCAUACUAAUGCUCCGAUCUGAGGAUGCUGCUAUACAUUAUGAAGCGGUUGGUGUAAUAGGCAAUCUUGUCCACUCAUCUCCAAACAUCAAGAAAGAAGUUCUCCUUGCUGGUGCUUUGCAACCUGUUAUUGGACUGCUCAGUUCUUGCUGUUCAGAAAGCCAAAGAGAAGCAGCUUUAUUACUUGGUCAAUUUGCUGCUGCUGAUUCAGAUUGCAAGGUCCAUAUUGUUCAGAGGGGAGCUGUACCGCCAUUGAUUAUGAUGCUUCAAUCUCCAGAUGCACAGCUUAGGGAGAUGUCAGCUUUUGCACUUGGGAGGUUAGCGCAGGAUACACACAACCAAGCUGGCAUUGCAAAUAGUGGUGGUUUAGUGCCUCUGCUCAAGCUUAUUGAUUCAAAAAACGGAUCUCUGCAACAUAAUUCUGCUUUUGCUCUGUAUGGUCUGGCAGACAAUGAGGAUAAUGUUGCGGAUCUUAUCAAGAUUGGAGGUGUACAAAAACUUCAAGAUGGAGAAUUCAUUGCUCAACCAACUAAAGAUUGUGUAGCAAAGACAUUGAAAAGAUUAGAGGAGAAGAUUCAUGGACCAGUAUUAAAUCAUCUGGUAUAUCUGAUGCGGGUUUCAAAUAGUACAGUUCAAAGACGAGUGGCUUUGGCUCUUGCUCAUCUUUGUACCCCUAUUGACCAAAAGGCCAUUUUCAUUGAUAAUAAUGGGCUAGAUUUGCUGUUAGGGCUUCUUGAAUUAACAAGCCCAAAGCAACAACGGGAUGGAUCUUUGGCCUUGCACAAGUUGGCUACAAAAGCUACUUCUCUCUUUCCUAUGGAUGCAGCUCCCCCAUCACCAUAUCCACAGGUGUACCUGGGUGACCAGUAUGUAAACAAUCCCACACUUUCUGAUGUGACAUUCUUAAUUGAAGGUAAGCGGUUUUAUGCUCACAGAAUUUGUUUGCUUGCUUCUUCUGAUGCAUUUCGAGCAAUGUUUGAUGGUGGUUACAAGGAGAGGAAUGCUAAAGACAUAGAGAUCCCAAAUAUUAGAUGGGAUGUUUUUGAGUUAAUGAUGAGAUUCAUAUACACAGGAUCCGUAGACGUCAAUUUAGAUAUUGCUCAGGACCUGCUCAGAGCUGCUGAUCAGUAUCUUUUAGAGGGUCUAAAGCGUCUCUGCGAGUAUACCAUUGCUCAGGAUAUUUCUGUAGAAAAUGUUUCAAUCAUGUAUGAGUUAUCAGAGGCUUUUAAUGCUCUGUCAUUAAGGCAAGCUUGCAUAUUAUUCAUACUGGAGCAAUUUGACGAAUUGAGUAAGAGGCCAUGGUAUCCGCGGCUGAUAACACAAAUCAAACCGGAAAUGCGCAGAUUUUUUACCAAUGUGCUUGCCAGGCCUGUCCAAGAUGACUUACCGUAGCCAUAGAUUAUCCUGCUGGAGCUCAGAUUUUUGACUUACUGAUAACACAGUGUACAGAAAUUAGCCCUUUUUAAUAUGAAAUACAUCAUUACAUGGAUCUAAAUUUUUGUCCCUAACAUUAGGGUAUAAGAAAAAUGAAUUUCAUUAUCAGAUUUCGGGGUUUUUUUUUUUUUUUUUUAACGAAGUAAUUUGUAAUAUAUUUUUAAUUUGAAAUGCAGCAUUCCAAGGAUCUAAAUUUUCAUCCCUAUAAGUAAAAUGAAUUUCAUGAUCAGAUUUAAUUUGACUUUUUUUACCAAGUAAUUUAUACCGUAUUAAAUUCUUUUUAAUAAAAAUCCAAAUCGAGUGUUGCAUUCAGUUUCAAGUAACUCGCUUAAAUUGAAUUAGAUUAAGUAAUUGAGUCGAAGCCUUUCAGAAAAAUAAAAUGUAGGAGGGUAGAAAGAAACGGCAAAAUGCUUUAAAUUUAAAAAGUAAAAUUCCACAAGGUGAUUGAAAUUGCUACCCCCAGUCUCCCUCCCUCAAGAUUUCACCUAAACCACCGAAAAGAAUCUUCGAAGCAAAAGAAAUCAGUUUAGUUUGGAUUCCAAUACAAAUCUCGUUUCGUACGAUGUGAAGAAGAGUUGUGAUGAGAUGUGCUGAAGAAAAUUGAGAGUGGAGACACAUCACAGAUCAGUUUCCUCGUGCUACGACUAAGCUUUUAUGGUCUACGGAACGACAUGUCGUCUAAUUGUUUAUAUGUGUGUUUCCCUUGUCUUUCCUAAAAAUCUAAUUAUCCAAAGGAGCGCUAAAGAUUGAAGAAAGCAGCCAUGGCUGUCCAACUCCCAGGCAUCUGCCUUCCAAUAAACUGUGCCUUGGCCUCUGGAAACUUAUCUCAGUGUCGA